ACUGUAAUUAUAGAUAGAUAUAGUAAUAAUGUUGUAGAUUUAGGAAUUGUAUUGUGGAUAGCCUAUACAAAUCAUUGGAAAAGGAGAUAUAAUUUGUCUUAGAAAGCUGGAAUGAACAAUGUAUUAUUAUUAUUGUUGUUGUUAUUAUUAUUAUUAUUAUUAUUAUUGUUCAGUCUUCCACAGCUAGAGGGAGCCAGUGUGUUCUUGAGGGAAGUCUUGUCUGCUCCCAGGACCGUCUUUGCAGUCAUGUCCUUGUUUGUGCUGUUUAAUCAGCGAUUGGAAAAAUAACAGGUAGUCUUGUUCGUCAGCCUUCACACACACACACACACACACACGGGAGAACAGAGGAGGAGUAGGUGGAGAUGUUGUGGAGGAAAAGUAGAGCAGACAUAAAAUCUAAAUAACCCUGGUUUGACUCAGCGGUCGGUUCAGGUCCUGUGCGGCUGACAGAAGCAGCAGUCGGCUGGGUGCAGCAGCAGCAGCAGCAGCAGCCGGACACACACACACACACACAGUCACCGCAGUCAGUCAGUGGAGUCUGUGAAUGUGUUGAUGACACACACUGUUGCUGUGUGUAGUGUCUGUCUGUCUGUCUGUCUGUCUGUGUGUGUGUGUGGGCUUCCGUCAGCUCCCCCCUCCGCCGCCUCUGGACUGAUGCUCGCCUGAGUUUUGGACCCGGAGAAGAAGACUCUACUGUGGAUAUGGAAUGGUGCAUGCUGCUGGGCCAAGUGUGCAGCCUCUGAACACCACCACCAUCAUGGACAGUCACCCGCUGUGCACCAGACUUUGUCCACACAGUCUGGACAAAGAAGAUGGCGUGGAAAGGCAAGGUCCCAUCACUUUCAACCAUCGACACAUGAGGAAGGCGUUCAAAGUCAUGAACGAGCUGCGCAGCCAGAAUCUGUUGUGUGAUGUGACCAUCGUGGCAGAGGAUGUAGAGAUUGCUGCUCACAGAGUGGUUCUGGCUGCUGGGAGCCCUUACUUCCACGCCAUGUUCACAGGGGAGAUGGCGGAGAGUAGGGCCAAGCGAGUGAGGAUAAAGGAGAUGGAUGGUUGGACUCUGGGCCUGCUGGUAGACUACAUCUACACAGCAGAGAUACAGGUCACAGAGGACAACGUGCAGGCGUUGCUACCUGCUGCGGGCCUGUUGCAGCUGAAUGAGGUGAAAAAGGCGUGUUGUGAGUUUCUGAGCUCUCAGCUUCAUCCGUCCAACUGUCUGGGAAUACGAGCCUUCGCUGACCUGCACGCCUGCUCUCAGCUUCUCACGCAGGCCAACAGCUACGCAGAACAACAUUUCACUGAAGUGGUUGGGAGUGAAGAGUUUCUGAAUUUAGGCAUGGAUCAAGUGUCCAGCCUCAUCGCAAGUGACAAGCUCACCAUUCCCACAGAAGAGAAGGUUUUUGAAGCAGUCAUCGCUUGGGUCAACCAUGAUAAAGAUGUGCGUCAGGAACACUUGGCUCACCUGAUGGAGCACGUCCGCCUGCCGCUUCUCUCCAGAGAGUAUCUGGUGCAGCGGGUGGAGGAGGAGUCUCUGAUUAAGAACAGCAGUGCGUGUAAAGACUACCUGAUUGAAGCCAUGAAGUACCACCUGCUGCCCGCUGACCAGAGAGCUCUGAUGAAGACUGCACGCACACGCAUGAGGACGCCAGCCUGCUGUCCUAAGGUGAUGGUGGUGGUCGGAGGCCAGGCUCCCAAGGCCAUCCGCAGCGUUGAAUGUUACGAUUUUGAGGAGCAGCGAUGGUACCAGGUGGCUGAACUCCCCACCAGGAGGUGCAGGGCAGGCGUGGUGUACGUGAGUGGCUGCGUGUACGCGGUGGGCGGCUUCAACGGUUCUCUGCGCGUAAGGACAGUUGACUGCUACGACCCGAUGAUGGACCGCUGGACCAGUGUGAGCAGCAUGCAGGACCGGCGGUCCACGCUCGGCGCCGCCGUGCUCAAUGGCCUCCUGUACGCCGUGGGAGGCUUCGAUGGCAGCACAGGUUUAUCAACAGUUGAGGCGUAUAACGCGAAAACAGACGAAUGGUUUCAUGUGUUACCCAUGAGUACCCGGCGCAGCAGUGUGGGAGUGGGUGUCGUAAAUGGGAUCCUAUAUGCAAUAGGAGGUUAUGAUGGAGCCACCAGACAAUGUCUGAGUACAGUGGAAGCUUACAACCCGAAAAACAACACGUGGAACUACAUCGCUGAGAUGGGCACAAGACGCAGUGGAGCAGGUGUCGGUGUGUUAAAAGGUUUACUCUAUGCUGUGGGGGGGCAUGACGGUCCCUUAGUGAGGAAGAGCUGUGAAGUUUAUGAUCCGGCCUCAAACAGCUGGCGACAAGUAGCUGACAUGAACAUGUGUCGACGCAACGCAGGUGUGUGCGCCGUAAACAACCUGCUCUACGUGGUGGGAGGCGACGACGGCAGCUGUAACUUGGCUUCGGUGGAGUUCUACAAUCCCAACUCGGACAAGUGGACGCUGCUGCCGACCUGCAUGAGCACGGGUCGCAGUUAUGCAGGUGUGACUGUGAUUGACAAGCCCUUAUGACUGCUCUUAACACCUGCCACUGAUUUGGAGCAGAGCGUAUUCUCCUGCUGAAUACUGAUCUUGGAUCUGUUUAUGAUGCCAGUGCGCGGAUGUUUGGGCAGCACUAGCACAGGCACUUACACAGGUGAAGGAAACAAGGACAAGAUUGUUGUUGUUGAAGAUGCUGAUGAUGAUGAUGAUUUUUGCACUUGCCUGAAUGGGGGGAGCUGUAACGAGCGGGGAGAGAUGGAACCUGUGGUUUGAAUCCCCCGCUGGACGGACUGCGGCCGCGGCUGGACAAACCAGUUUGAAGCACCACUGUAUCAAUGCAGUGCCAUUGAAAUGCUACUGAAAUUAAGCUACUGUAACUGCAACAGGUUACUUUAACAUGAAUAUAUGUUAACAGGAUACAGCUCUGAGAAAGACCACUGAUCUAAUCCAUGGGAGAGGAAGGCAGAAAAAUGGACUGAAAAUCUUUGUUUCUCCUUUGUUUUUAUUCUUCUUUAGAAGUGUGUGUUUUUGAGUAUGUGUGUGUGUGUGUGUGUGCGCGUGUGCGCGUGCGUGCUUGCCUUUUAAAGGUGCUCCACUGCUUGCACACGUGAACAUGUGAGCAUGUAUGUUUGUGUGCAUCUGUGUGGUGACGCCUGGUCCGACGCCGCAUGAGCGCACUCUGUCUGACUUCUUGAUCUUUACAGUUUUGCAGUGUUGCUGUUCAAGAGUGCCUGAAGUUACACCCUCCUCCUCCUCCUCUUCUCCUCCUCCUCCUCCUCUUCUUCUCCUUUGUUAUGCCUUGAGUACUGUUACUGGACAGAGCACAGCUGAAAAAGAAAAAACGUUUUGAGAAGUGACGUUAGAGAAAUGGGGAGUUUGGGUCGCUUUAGUCCGCAUGAAUUCAGAACAGCUACGUUAGAAGCAGAUGCAGAAAAUGUACUCUUUUUUUUUUCUCUCUCUUCCUUUAAACAAAGAAGGACUUUCAUUGGAAUUCUAACUCUUCUGGUAAAGGAGAAGCCUUGUUUAGUUUCUACCAAACACAGUUACAAAGGGCGAAGCUGUUGAAGAGUGAAACAGUUGGACGUAUCAGUUCUUUGGCGUCACCUGGAAGCCGUCGUUACUGUGGUUUUAACCACAAAUGACAACAACAGCCUGAACUCACUGCAUGGUCCCUGUCUCUAACCUCUUAUUCUUAAACAGUGCCCUCUUCUCUUUUGGUGUAGCAAGCCUAUUAACUACUGCUACACCCUGACGUACUAUGAAUGUGCCAAUUUUUAAUGUAUUCUUUUCUUUUCUGUCUCUCUUUAUUACUCUACUAAUCUGUUCUCUCUCUCCCUCUCUCUGGAAAGUGACCAAACCUACUCUUCAUUUCUUUCUCUCUCUCUCCCUGUCUCUCUCUCUCUUCUGUCUCCUCUUAUCUUGAAAAUUGCUACAAUAGUAACUGUUUUUGCUGUUUCUUGUCAGUGUAUUGAGGAAUGUCACGUAGGCUAAUGACUUUGAAAAUGUUUCAUUACUUGUUUUAUAUUAUCAUUAAUAAAUAUGCUUCUUGUAUUUAAAGCUGUGAAAUGAUAUAAUCUGUUUUUAAAACUUUGCCAAAUCAGUAAAACAUUGAAAUGGAA